UCCGACACCAGUGAUGUCGACUCCUGUUUUCUACUGAACACAGAUUGUGCAUAUCUCUCAGCUAAAUGGUGUGUCUUCCUGGGCUGCUUCCUUGGGUUUAGUUUAAGAACAGGCCAUGCUCUACGAAUGCAUCUGGCUAGGCCUAUCUGGCGUCUUCUUGCCGGAAGGAAUGGAGGGUUACGAUGUGCCGAUUUGGCACAAAUGGAUGAAGAGAUAGGAGGCGGUACUUCUUCUUCAUCUUAUCAUGCUGGAUUGGCCAGCCUUAUCAGCGUGUCUAAGCUGAAUGAAGAUGAACUCAAAUAUGCAGAGCUCCCAUUCACAGUACUAUCUGCCAAUGGACGUCACACUAUUGAUCUAAUUCCUUUCGUACGCGAACUGGCCGAUUCUUCAUGUCCAACGGUGGAUGAGGCCACUCUCAACUUCUUCGUUAGCCUAAAUUCGAUCCACCCUGGUCUUCUUCCAUUUUCGUUAGUCUCCCCCGAAUGGGAUAAUGUUCCAAUGGCAUUAUUCGCCCGCCAUGCCUCCACAAUUUCAUUUCCUCGAGGAAAUGAAGCUCCUACCAAUCAGAUUGCAUCUACGGUAGAAGUCUUCUGGCGCAUGAUUAGACGAACUGCACAUGACCUCUUGAUCGAAACCGCUUGGCGCGCAGCUUUAGUUCUGCAGUCAGGUGAUCAAUACUCGCAGUUGGGAAACCUCGUACAUGUGACACCUGAGAACCGCAUCGUCUUUCUGCUUGCAGCUUUCCAAUUUAGGAGAUCCGAGUUCGACGAUGUCGUCCGUUUGUUUUGUUCCUCCAGAAUACAGCCAUUCACUGCUUACAUUACAUUAACCAAAGUGGAUAUCUACGCUUUGUAUCUAGCCUUGACUUCGCAUUCCGUUAUGGGCGUUGAUGAAGCGACGCUUAAACUACAGUCCAUCCUGCAAGAAAAAACUUGA